AUGCUAGGAAAGAGGAAGCUAGUUGAGGCCCAGCAACAGAAAAAGAAAAAAAAAUGGAUUGAAGAAUUAGAUGACGAUUCAGAAGAGAUAGAUUUGGAUUGUUUAAACAAUUUAGAUGAAAAUGAAAAAUUUGAUUUAGAAGAGGAGGAAGAUGAGGAAAAAGAAGACCUGAAUGAAAAAGGAAAAUAUCUGAAUAAAAAGGAUUUAGAAGAGGUUGAAAAAGAUGAUGACACAAAUGAAACAAACAAUGAUGGUAGCAUAUGUAAUGGGAAUAAUAAAAAGAAAAAAAGGUAUGACUGGAUGAGUAGCGAUGAUGAAGAUAUAUCGAGUGAUGAGGAAGAAGAAGACGAGGAGAAAUACGAGAAUGGGCGUAAAAAUGGAAGCAAAAAUGAAAGUAAAAAUUUAGAUGAACAAAAUAAAAGUUCGGGAGAUCAUAAAGAAAGUAGUAGUGACACAAAUAGGGAAUUAAAUGAAAAGGAAAAUGGAAUUUUAAAUUUAAUAAAUAAUAAGGAGAAUAGCAGUAAUAAUAAUAGUAAUGCAACUAUAAAUAGGGCAGAAAAUGAUAAUUUAGUAAAUGAAGAUAAUGAUACUAAUAAUAACAUCCCGGAAAUUAUUGAUAAUAUAAAUAAAUAUUCAAUAAAUCCAUUGGAUGUAAAACUGGAAGAAAUUGAACAUAUUAUAUCUUUUGUUUAUUUCCAAAACAUUCAUUUUAAUUGUAUUACGGAACAUUUAGUGGAAUUUUUAGAGAAUUAUACAAACAAUAAAAUUAUACAAAUUAAUUCAGAUAAAUCAACCAAUUAUACAAUUAUAUAUAAAUAUGAUGAAAAAAGUAAUGACAAGGUUAUUAUAAAUAAAUUUUCACAUUUUGGGAAAUUAUUUGUUCAUGUGAAAAAUUAUCAAGAUGUUCUUAGGCUACUUAAAUUAAAUGAUACUGAAUUCAUGGGGAGAAUAAUAAAAUCUACACAAGCAUAUAAGAAGAAAAGCAGUUUCUUUAUUUUACAAGCACCAUCCCACUACAAGUACUUUAUCCAAGUUGUAGUUAAUGAAAAAAACAAGAAUAAUUCGAAUUAUGUAUGGAUGAGAUAA